AUGGCUAGACAAUCGUUCAUUGGCUUUGUGACUUCACAAGGCAAAAUGAAUAAGACCAUCAAAGUGCGUGUGAGAAAGGUUAAGUUUAACCGGGUCAUCCACAAGGAUAUCAUUGAAUACAAAGAUUUCAUGGUUCAUGACGAACUGAACAAAUGUCAAGAGGGUGAUGUUGUCAGAAUUCAAUAUGUCAGACCACUUUCGGCCCAUAAGUCAUUUGCUGUCGCUGAAAUCAUGAAAUACAAAGGUACUGAGUGGAUGAAGUAUCAGGCUGAGGCACCUCAAAAAGUCACUGAAGAGGAGUUAAAGAAACUCGAAGAAUAUAAAUUAGAACGGCAAGCUCGUAUUGAAGCUAAGGGAACCAGUAGUAUUGCAGAAAAUAUACGCAAAGUCGAGAAGUCAUUUGCUGGUGACAAGUCACUUGCCGAAAGCGACAAACCCUUGGUACAGGACUUGAUGAAAAAAUAUGGCAUCUCUUCAUGGCCCCCCUCGCAUGAGAUUAUAAAAUUGGAUGCAUCUAAGUUGAAGAAAGAGUUACAAGAGCUGGAUAUUGAGAUUUCAGCCUUAAGUUAUUCAUCAUACACAAAGGAUUUUCUUGCCAGCCAACCUGAAGAGGCAGACAAGAUUCUUCAAUCUCUGGGCCAUGAUACGACGACCAUGAAUUCUAGCAUAAAGAAAAACAUUCUCAUGAAGCAUUUUGCCAAGUCAUUUAAUUCAAUUCCCGUUGCUUAA